CCGUUACCACCGCCAAAGACUUACACCUCUUAGGCCCACUUCACUUAAAAACAGCACGGGGGUGUCCCAGGUGCUCGUCCAAGUUUGCCUUGAGACUGAGCUGUGGGCUGACAUUGCGGGGACGCACAGCCGUCGAGAACGUACUUGCCGGUGUUUUCUUUCUGGAAGUUUUCGUUUAGAGGCGUCAGAGGAGAAAAGAAAGUCUCUGUUACAUGCCCAAUUGAGAAGCCACUUAUCUGGGGAGCACACCGCGUUCUGCGGCCCUAGAAAGCAAGUAACUUAGGUCAGUUAACCAGGUGUGGCAGGGUGACCCGUAACUUCACACCCCUGCCUCCCAGUAAACCCUAGGAGUGUGGGACAGGUGCCAGGCCCUUUGCUGCCUUACCAUGCACUGCAGAGCUUACUUCGUGCUUCAAAGAGACUUCCAAGAGUUGAAGAAAAACAACUAUGAGGGCAUUACUGCCUUUCCUGUAAGUGAAGAUAUGAUGGAAUGGGAAGCUAAUAUUGAAGGUCUACAGAAUACAUUUUGGCAUAGAAUAGUCUUUCAACUGGCAAUAAAUUUCACAUCGGAGUACAAUUUUGUCCCUCCAGUUGUGACGUUUAGAACCAUUCCUUUUCAUCCAAAUGUAGACCGGCAUACUGGUCGACCCUGUAUAGACUUUUUGGACAACCCUAAUGAGUGGAACACAAGCUAUACAUUGAGUAGCAUCUUACUUACCUUGCAGGUGAUGCUUUCUAAUCCAGUGCUAAACAAUCCAGUGAAUUUGGAAGCAGCCCGAAUGCUGACUGAAGAUGAAACUAAGUACAAACUAAUCGUGCAAAGACUUUUCCACAAGUCAUUACAAUUAGUGAAAGAUGACAGCUCUAAGUCACCUGAAGACUCACAUAAAUUUGUCAGAUCAAUUAAAGUUUCAUUUGAUGAUUAUUACAAGACGUGGUGUGAAAUAGCUACAUCAAAAGCUGCAGAAUGUUACAGAACUCCAUGUAAGUCCUCGAAGAUCCAAAUUUCAUUGAAGAGUAUUAUAAAUGGAAGAAAAGGGAGCUACAACAUCCUAAAGAAUGGAAUUUCAAAUAUGCUGCCAUCAAAGCUCGGCAUGCUAGAGAAAAUAACAGGCCUUACAAAGCCCGUUAUCAAACCAGAAGACUUCGUCUCUGCCCAACCCCAAAUUCACAAGUUGAAACGGAUAUUGUCACAAAGAUUAAUGAAACAGAGGAGGUCGGGAAGAGUGAUGGUGAUGAUGACGACACACGUGAGUCAUGGGAAGAAGAAGUGGAAGGUCUGGUCGCCUGGACCAACACUCUUGAUACAGAUACUUUAGACGAUUAAGCCUAAUGCUUCCGGACUUGGAAAAUAAACAGCCUGAGCCACAGCUCAGCUUCACAGAGCAACAUUGGAAGGCUCUCAGAACUUGGAUUCCAUUUUUUUCAAGUUGGUCUCAGUCUCUCACUGCAAGUACACAUUAGACAUAUAAGUACGAAUCAAUGAAUAUGUUGCUUUGAAUUUUUUGAGCUCCACUUCCUUGUUUGAACCUGUUAGCCCUGAUAGGGGUGUUCAUUGUGGUGUUGCAAUCAAUAGUAUUGCACCCACAGUUGUCAGACUACGGGAUGCAAGUCUUUGUGGGGAGGACAUGGGUCAGGAGAAGCUGGAAUAGGAGGGGAGCACUCAGGAGCUUCAGCAUCGGGGCAUUAACCCAAAUAGAGAGAUUUAUAUGUUUAUCUACAUCCGUCUUGUUUGGUGUCUUGUUUCUUCCAUGUUCAAGGGAUGAAAUGUUGCCUGUCCACCAGUGUUCCUCUUCUGUUUUCUCCCAGAAUAUAUGCUCUGUUUUCUUUUGACUUAACCGACCAUCUCCUCAUGUUCUCAUAUCUUUAUUUUCUCCCCCUCUUUUUGCUGUGUUGCCUCAACAUGCAAAUAUGCUCGGGUCGCUCAUAUUCUAAAAUACGUGAUGACCCAGCACUUCUAUUUCCUUCAACACUACAUCAUUUAUAUUUUCUCAGUCAGAUUUAUGAAUAGUAGUCUAUCAUUUGCUCUCUUCAUUUCUUUAAUUCCCUUUACAUUUGCACCUACUGCACGAUAAAAAUCUAUCUUCUGCUUAUACUACUCAAUUAAAAUUCACUAGGGCCACCAAAGUCUUCCAUAUUGCCAAAAUUCAACAGAUGCCUUAUCUUACUGGGCCUCUAAGCUAUACUUGAUAUUAUUGGUCACUUCUCUCUUUUUAAAAAAAUGGUUAUUGCCUUGCCUUCAGAGAGACUUGUUUUGAAACUUACCUACACACAAAACU